CUCCUCCUAUUUCUUGCCGACCCCGCCAUCCUCCCAUCACAAAGCUGGUCCGCUUUGCUCUCGCACGUCAGCAGAGUGAGAAGUCCUUACUCUGGCCUUAGGGUUCCAGCGAAGCUAUCUUUUCAUCCCUGCCAGGGAACGAGAGAAGCCCGCUGACCCCCGGCUAGCCUUGCCCCUCUCCCUCCUUAGUGUUUCGUUGUUUGCUUUUGGUUAUUCUCCUUAUUAUUAUUAUUAUUAUUUUUAAGCAUCAGGCUUGUGGCGUAGCUUAGGUGUCAGGAGCUUUUAGAGCAGCAGACAGGAGCAAGGACAGACAACCGCUCCAUCCGCUCGUUGCUGUACCUUGCUUUUAAAUUCGAUUUUACUUUUUUAAAAAAAAUUCAUUUCUCUUAAUUAAAAAAAAAAUGAACAAGCUGUACAUCGGCAACCUGAGCGACAGCGUGAGCCCGGUCGAUCUGGAAAGUAUCUUUAACGACUCUAAGAUCCCUUACACCGGCUCUUUCCUGGUGAAAGCGGGCUACGCGUUCGUGGACUGUCCCGACGAAAACUGGGCGAUGAAGGCCAUCGAAACCCUAUCAGGUAAAGUGGAGGUGCACGGAAAACUCAUCGAGGUGGAGCACUCGGUCCCGAAGAGGCAGAGGAGCCGUAAGAUCCAGAUCCGUAACAUCCCGCCUCAUCUUCAGUGGGAGCUGACGGUUGAUUUGUACUGUGGGCCCUUGUCCCUUGGUACACAAGUGGUCUUCAUUCCUUGCUGGAAGGUGCUGGACAGUGUUUUGGCUCAGUAUGGGUCAGUGGAGAAUUGUGAGCAAGUAAACACUGAUACUGAGACUGCUGUGGUCAAUGUUACCUACAGCUGCAAGGAGCAGGCCAGACUUGCGAUCGAGAAGCUGAACGGCUUUCAGCUGGAGGGGUACACCCUGAAAGUUGCCUACAUCCCGGAUGAGCUGGCCGACCUGCCCAUGCCGCACUCUCCAGUCAUGCCGACCCGCCGUGGUUACGGUCACAGGGGACCCCAGAGGCAGGGGUCCCCCGGAGGGGCCGCGGGGCAGAACCACCAGAACGACAUUCCUCUCCGCAUGCUGGUCCCCACUCAGUUCGUUGGAGCCAUCAUUGGGAAGGAAGGCGCCACCAUUCGCAACAUCACCAAGCAGACCCAGUCUAAAAUUGAUAUCCACCGCAAGGAAAAUGCAGGCGCCUCUGAGAAGCCGAUUACUAUCCACGCCUCUCCUGAAGGCUGCUCCACUGCUUGCAAGAUUAUCAUGGAGAUCAUGCAGAAGGAAGCCCAGGAUACCAAAUUGCACCUCCAUGGUAUUUCAUCCCGGACCGCGCUUAGUGCAAUGCCUCGUACAUACACCGACGAAAUUCCCUUGAAGAUUCUGGCUCAUAACAACUUUGUUGGCCGCCUGAUUGGGAAGGAAGGAAGGAACCUGAAGAAAAUCGAGCAGGACACUGACACUAAGAUCACCAUCUCACCUUGUUGGUUAAGACUGCAGGAGUUGACUCUGUACAACCCAGAGCGUACCAUCACUGUCAAAGGUAGCAUUGAGACUUGUGGCAAGGCUGAGGAGGAGAUCAUGAAGAAAAUAAGGGAGUCUUAUGAGAGUGAUCUCAGUGCUAUGAAUGUGAGUUCUGAAAUACUGGAGCUUCAAGCCCACUUACUUCCUGGAUUAAAUCUGAAUGCCCUGGGUCUGUUCCCAGCCUCUACUUCUGGGAUACCCUCACCCUCCACUUUGGGGGUUCCUUCGGCUGCAGCCGCUACUAACUACCUGCCAUAUGGGCAACAGGCUGAAACUGAGACCGUUCACCUGUUCAUCCCAGCCAUGGCUGUGGGAGCCAUCAUUGGCAAGAUGGGCCAGCAUAUCAAGCAGCUCUCUCGUUUUGCAGGAGCUUCUAUCAAGAUUGCUCCUCCUGAGACACCAGAUGCCAAGGAGAGGAUGGUGAUCAUCACUGGACCCCCUGAAGCCCAGUUUAAGGCUCAAGGAAGGAUCUACGGAAAGCUCAAGGAGGAAAACUUCUUUGGUCCCAAGGAAGAGGUGAAGCUGGAGGCCCACAUUAAGGUGCCCUCCUACGCUGCGGGGAGAGUCAUUGGCAAAGGAGGAAAAACGGUGAACGAGCUGCAGAAUCUGACCAGUGCUGAGGUGGUUGUUCCCCGUGAUCAGAUCCCCGAUGAGAAUGAUGAAGUGAUUGUGAAGAUAACUGGUCACUUCUAUGCGUGCCAGCUCGCCCAGCGAAAAAUCCAAGAGAUUCUGGCACAGGUUAAGAGGCAGCAGCAAAUGCAGCAGCAGAAGAAUGCCAAUGCUGCCGCCGCAGCCGCUGCUGCGGCUGCUGCUGCUUCGGCCGCCGCCGCGACUGGUGGUGGUGGCGGUGCCUCCGCCACCGUCCCUGGGCCAAGCGGCCAACCUCAGUCCAGGCGCAAGUAGAGAGGUUAAGGAAACGGCCCAUCUCAACAAAAGAUGCCAAACCAAAGACGAGACUAAAUAUAAUAGAUGGGUGAGGAAACACCUAUCCCUAAAUCACAAUUAGAAGUCCCACCUACCAAAAGCUUAUUUGAAGACCAGGCAAAAUUUGAAUUCGUGUUUUAAAAAAUUUCUAUGUAAUGUCCUCUCAAGUUUCCGGAACCUGGCUUUUAAAGAACCAACAAGAAGAAGAACAACGACAUCUACAAGAACAAGAAAAUUAAGAGUCAUUUCCCUUGUGUUAUAUUCUUGAAUUUGUGUAAAGUGACUUGAUGUUUAUUGUCCUUGAUAUUCUCCUACCAUUUUAGCAGUUGGUUAUAUUAAGCUUUGUGUUCUCACCUUACCAACUUUAAACAGAGAGAAAGAAAGGCAUUGCUCCUUAUCCAUUGCUCAUGAAAAUAAGCCGGUGGUAUUAUUGGUGGACUAGAAUUAUAUCCAGUAAAUUGUCAACAAGUAUAAUUAAACAUUAGAUGUAUGUACCCCAAGCCAGUGGCAUUUUUUAAAAAAUUUGGUUGCAUUUUUACUAAGGGAAAUGUUGAGUGUGUUGGCCAGGGCCUGGAAAGAAGAAUAUGCAUUUUACAAAACUACCUCAGGCGUAGAGAGCACUUAAAAAAAAAACAAAAAACUAAAAAAAAAAAA